ACAGUAUCUGGGUCACUCCCCAUAUGUUAGAGGAACAACAAAAACACAUUUUGUGUAAAUGUAGAGAUUGUUGUACUGUGUAAAUGUGCCAAUCAGCAUAUAUUAGCUGCUCUUACUACAGCCUCUGGUUUAUGGUGGUGUAAUUAGAGGAUGCAGCUGUACAUGGUCCCUGCUGCUGUAAUUAACUGGGAGCAGCAGCACAGAGAAAGCAAACAAACAUGUACUGAUUAAUGAGGACUUAAUGCUCCUGGGCUGGACACACACUGGUUAGGUCGAAGGUUAUCAGGCGUGAUGUUUGCCAGCGUUGAUCGGUGACAGUGUCCUGUAUCUCUCAGCCAUCAUCCCGUCCUGCUCUGCGCCGGUUCCCCCGCAAUAAAUGCGCCAGUCUGCCACGUGAGGGAGGCGCAAAAUGGGAUCUUGACCCAUUUUUCCCUCUUUCGUCUCUCCUCCUCAGUUUGAAAUAUGAAACCUGGUCCAUUUUCAGCCAAGUCUGUCCCCCGGGCUCCCAGUUCCUCCAAGCGCCAACGCUGCUCCGCACUACCCAGCUUCAAUUCGGCUUUUUCACACUUCAGCCAGACGGUCAAAGGAAACUUUUAUGCAUGUUUUUGCCCUGCGAACCACCCACUCCAUCACUGUGUCCAAUCAUCCCACUGACGCGGGUUUGGAUUUGUUUCUGCAAAAAGUUGUGAUUGAAACUUUUUUCUUUGUUGUUCCUGCUGACUGGGGGAGGAUUCUGAAAUAUCCGAAACUGUAUUGUUUUUAAUGAGAGCAUCUCUCCAGCCGGCGUGUUGACCGGGAUGUGGGUGGCCAUGAUUGUAAACUGAGCUCCUGAUUGCAUCGCCUGCAUCCCUUUUUUCUUUUGUCUUUGUUGCAUCUCUGCCUCUUCACUGUCACUGGGAUGUAAAGACACUGAAGUACUGUGGUUGGCUGUCAUUUUUCUUUACACCCACAAAGGAAUUAACUCUUCAAUUUUUGCUUUUUUCGCGAGGGAAAACCAUGGCGAGAUUUCUGUUGAACAUGCGCCUUUUUAUGGUUUUAUUGGGAUUAUUUUUGCUCUCGUCUCCAUCUGCAAGAGCCGAACCGGAGCCGCAGGACGAAGAGGAGGAGGAGAGCUCCUGUCAGGGAGCUUUUGACCUCUAUUUUGUGCUUGAUAAGUCUGGCAGUGUGAAGAACCAUUGGGAUGAAAUCUACUACUUUGUGGAGAAUUUAGCUGAGAAAUUCAAAAGUCCCAUGCUGAGGAUGUCCUUCAUAACAUUCUCCUCCAGAGCAUCCACCAUCAUGAAACUGACGGAAAACAGAGUGGACAUCAGAAAGGGACUCAACGCUUUGAAAAGAGAGAUCCCUGGUGGAGACACAUUCAUGCACCUCGGAUUGCAGAGGGCAAACGAGCAGAUACACCAGGAGAAUUUUGGCACAGCCAGCGUGAUCAUUGCACUGACAGAUGGAGAGCUGCAGGAGCACCAGCUCACCACGGCACAGCAAGAGGCAGAGAGAGCCCGGUCUCUCGGCGCGAUUGUGUACUGUGUUGGUGUCAAAGACUUCAAUGAGACACAGCUGGCCACCAUUGCAGACACCAUUGAGCAUGUGUUUCCUGUGCUGGGCGGCUUCCAUGCCCUCCGGGGAGUCAUUGAUUCGAUCAUCAAGAAAUCCUGCAUUGAGAUUUUAGCAGCCGAACCAUCCAGUGUGUGUGCAGGAGAGUCUUUCCAAGUGGUGGUGAGAGGAAAUGGUUUCCUCCAUGCCAGAAACAUCAACCAGGUGCUCUGCAGCUUCAAAAUCAACGAUACCGUUACAGUCAGUGAAAAACCGGCUGGUGUACAAAACACAUUCUUACUGUGUCCAGCUCCUGUCAUCGAUGAAGUGGGGAAGGUGAUUUAUCUACAAGUGAGCAUGAACGACGGUCUGUCCUUCAUCAGCAGCAAUGUUCACAUCACCACCACAGAGUGUUUUGAUGGCACCAUUCUCCUGAUCACCCUGCUGGUAUUGUUCCUCCUGCUGGCCCUGCUCUUCAUGUGGUGGUUCUGGCCGCUCUGCUGCACUGUGGUGAUCAAAGAGCCUCCUCCUCCACCUCCUCCUGAGCCCGAGUCAGAUGAUGAAGACGGCCUGCCCAAGAAGAAGUGGCCCACUGUGGAUGCUUCAUAUUACGGAGGAAGAGGAAUCGGAGGGAUCAAGAGGAUGGAGGUGCGUUGGGGAGGGAAGGGCUCGACAGAGGAGGGGGCAAAGCUGGAGAAGCCGAAGAACGCUGUGGUGAAAAUGCCUGAGCAGGAGUACGAGCCCUUCGAGCCCAAACCUAAGAAAUCUCACAACAAGAAGGCGCCUCAGAACCGGAAGUGGUACACGCCCAUCCGGGGUAAACUAGACGCUAUCUGGGCUCUGUUCCGCCGCGGGUACGACCAGGUCUCUCUGAUGAGACCCCAGCCUGGAGAUCAUGGUCGAUGCAUCAACUUCACAAGAGUGAAAGAGGAGUCAGCAGCAGCCAAGGCCCAACCUCGCACCCCGAUCCACACGCCCACACCACCGCCACCAGACUACCGCCCUGUGACACGAACCGCGUCCUCAUCUCCCACCCAGAGCAGCCCUCCUCCCAAAUCACCACCAUCAGGCCAGCUACCACCAGGACCACCGCCCGCCCGCACACCCCCGGGGCUACCAUGUCCACCGCCGUCCCGUCCCCCACCCAGCCUUCGACCCUGAAUCACACAGACAAACCCCUCCCGUCCCCCAACGCACCCGCUUUGAUAUCACAGACUUAUCGCUCUGUUGACCAGUUCCUUCAGUUUGAAGGUCGUGGUCCUCGCUGCCACAGAUAUUCCUGCUAUAAGCCAAAGACCAGCAGUAUUUUGAGUCCCAGUCCUCCUGUGCUCCUCCUCUUUUAUGGGAAAGAGUGUCAAGACAACUUCAAGUCGUUGUCAUUAAACAACAAUAAACUCUGGUGGUAAAUCAAAAUUGGAAUAGAAGGGAAAUUUGCUAUAAGAACAGAAAUUGAAUGCUCUCUGUUCCAUUUUUUAAGCACAAAGUAAAGAGUUGACCACCCCCAAAAACUGGAUAAAGUCCUUUCUCUACAGGCCAUGACUAUCUGCUUGAUUUUGACAAGCAGUUUGACUUGACACUCUGUCCCAUACCGAGGAUGAACGGGGUCAUUCGGGGAAAAUAUUUUACUUAUUGUUGGCACGUGUGAGAUCAGGGAGGAUUGUUGCUGGACAGCAAAGCAUGUUGGGACAGGAAGUCCACAGAAGAAUUAUGCAAUGGAUGAAAUUUCUUUGUUGUCUUUAUCAACUACUGAGUUUGGCCAUUGUUGUCAAGAGUUAAGGUGAAAAGUAGGUUAUACAUGAAAAUCUGAGAACUUUGAGAAGAAUGGAUUGGUUUCUUUGUCCAUUGCUAUUACGGUGAAGGGAAUUUCAAUUGGCCAUGUUGCUAACAUAUCUGAUUUUCAAAAAAAUAUGUAUUUUUGGACAUUGUUCUCAAUGCCAAAAUAUUUUUUUUCUUCACCUUUUCGUGAUGUUUCUUCUAUUAGAAUACAUGCUAACCCAACAAAUUCCAACCCUGUAUCACAAAGUAUGCAGUUACUCGAUUUUGUGGUCCAGUCUUUGUACCAUUCAGUGACAGGGAAGUGUACAGACGUCAUGUAGAAGGUAUGUUUUUACAAUAUGUGUUCGAGAUGUGUUUUUGAAUGUUACGUUGGUCGAUAUCUUUGAGGCUUUGGAUUUUGUCCUUAACCACCUUUUCAUGUAGUUGAAUUUAGAGUACAGCAAUAUACGUAUAUUUUUUGAUUUUAUUUUUUUUGUUGUUUUGGUAUCUGCGCACAUAGACUGUUGGGCAACUCUUUUUUUUUUUUUUGGACAUGGAAACGUAUGAAAUCAAGCAACCAGAAAUCAGGUUAACGUCUCUCCUCACAUUUUUUUUUAUACACAAUCCUCAUACUGUACUUUGAUACCAAUAUGUGUGUUUUAUGUCUUCAGUUUAUCAUCACCUGUCACAUUGCAACUGCAGGGCAGUUCAAAGAGCAUCUAAUUUAUUUUACUCCCCGAGAGAAAUAGAGGAGAGUACUUGAAUAUCGACAAGGUGUCCAACCGCCAAGACGGACACUGUGCGCAGAAUUUAGACACACAACAGCUAGCCAGUUAAAAGUCAUAUAUGGCUUACCAGCGUCUGUUAACCUCUCAGCUACACUGAAAAACAUUUGAAACUAAAAGUGAUCAAGGUACAUUUAAUGCCCAGUAAUCAGAAAAUAUAAAAAUUAUGUGAAUUUUUGUUUGUAUCAUGUGUUCCAAAGCUCUUUUCUAGCAGCUGAAAAGAUGCUGUUAGCAUACAAGCUAUCAAUGACAAGAAAAGAACAUAACUUUGAGAUUUUAACUUGAGGGUGUGGAAAAGAGGUUGAAAAACGCUGGUAUUCCUUUUUAUAGCCAGUGCCUUCUGGAAUUUUCUUCUCGUUUGAUUUUUUUUUCUAUACUUUCAGUUUGAUGUACGUCAUUCGGUUAUGUCGUGUACCGUUGUGUUACUACAAGCAUUCAGAAUCAUUCAGUGCCUUGAAGCUGCACUAGAAGUUGCAUAUGUUGUGUCCAAAAUUAACUUCAUAUUCCACUAAAAAUGGUUUUUAAUUUUACUUAAAAGUCACAACACAGCUCAGUUGAGAUACAACAUGGUUAUGUGACAAGGUGCUACAUGUCAAAUGUCGCAAUCAUCACAUCGCAAUAAUUGUACUGCACUGGUAUACCUACCAUAAAUAAAUUGGACAUAAAUAUGCCAAUUAUGCUUUGCUGGCAAUUUCUAGCAUGUUUUUGACCACAUUUCCCAUGCUGGUGAUGGACUUGUGUUAGUGGUAAUUAUACUUAGCCACACCAGAUCUAGACCAGACCAGAUGUAUACGGCAAAGUGUUGUACCUGUCACACAUUUUAUUUGAGGCAACAUGCCCGAUUGUUUAGUGGUGGUACCUUUAAGGUGGGACAACUACGAAUUAGAUUUUUCCUUAGAAAAAGUCAACUGUUUACAGAUACAGAUACAGAUUCCUGCACCAUCAAAUUGCACCUUUGUGUCACUUCCUCCCUUUGCUCAUCCAAUGUUGCUGAGAGAACUAAGAUCUCUGAGGAAUAAAACUAAAGCAGAUCUCAUCAUGCCAGAUUUAUCAAUGACACCUUGAUAGUGAAUGUUAAUACCAAAUUUGUCGCAUUGUUACACAUUAAAAUAGAAACACAAAGUAUUAUUACUUUUAACUCAGAAUUUUCUUGUUUUCUAUCUCUGCGCCGAUGAAAAUGCAUACAAAUGUGGCCUGUAGAUGUUCCACUGAUGGCGUGGAUUGCUGAACCUCUUAGAAAUUCCUGUUUGACACACUUAAGACAUUCAGUUCUUUGAGUUAAUUCAGUUUACCUUUAAGAAAGAAUAAAUGCGACACUGAUGCAGGAUCAGUGUUGGGGGGGAACUGCUGCAGUGGCCUUCACUGCCAUUCCUAAUCGAGAUGAGACACAUUACGUUAUGUUGUGUGUUUUUUACACGUAUAAACAGCAGUACUGAGGCAAAUAUGAAAGACGUAUACGAUUUUCUCUUGUUGGUUGACAUGACUUUUUUUUUUAAACAUUAUCAAUAAAGGUUGACUUCCAAGCUUCUA